GCUGCUUGUCCCCCGGGCCCCUGCGGCCUGGGCUGCGGCGAGCGCGGUACCUCCGGGGCGGCUGGGCCGCCAGGAUCCCCCGGCCUCCGCCGGCGCCCGCCGCCCUGUGGCGUCCAUGACGCCGCGGCGUGUUGAGUGACACAUACCGAGAGCCGGAGCGGCGGGUACGAGCUGGCCCUCCCGCCCUCCGCCCACGCUCCCUAGCUUCCGCUCCUGUGGCCCUUCCUUUCUCCUCCGUCCCUCCUUUGGUUCAGCCCUUGUGGAUCUUCCACCCCACCCUGGCCGCCGCUGCUGUGCGUUUCCCUGCAGAACUGCUCGUGGGCUGCAGUUUGGGGGCACCAGACUCUGCCUGGCUCCUGGCUCCGAGCUCUGAGCGUCGACUAGCUGGCUAGGGACGGAUUCCUAGAGAUCAGGGUGGGCUCCCUGCAGCCUCCUGCCUGGACACAAUGUUUGCCAGAGGGCUGAAGAGGAAAUACGGUGACCAGGAGGAAGGAGUAGAGGGUUUUGGCACUGUCCCUUCCUAUUGCCUGCAGCGGCAGUCACUCCUGGACAUGUCCCUGGUCAAGCUCCAGCUCUGCCACAUGUUAGUGGAACCCAACCUCUGCCGCUCGGUCCUCAUCGCCAACACGGUCCGGCAGAUCCAAGAGGAAAUGAGUCGGGAUGGUGUGUGGCAUGGGAUGGCACCCCAGAAUGUCGAACAGCGGGCACCAAUUGACCGCCUGGUCUCCACAGAGAUCCUGUGUCGUACAGCCAGGGGAACUGACGGGGAGCACCCCACUCCUGAACUGGAAGAUGAUCCCCUGCAAAGCUCAGCUUCUGAGCUUCCCAUAGUCAGCUCAGCACAGGGACAGAGAAACCCUCAGAGCAGCCUCUGGGAGAUGGACAACCCACAAGAAAACCGGGGAAGCUUUCAGAAGUCACUGGACCAGAUAUUUGAGACCCUGGAGAACAAAAGCCCCAGCUCAGUGGAGGAACUCUUCUCAGACGUGGACAGCUCCUACUAUGACCUAGACACGGUGCUAACAGGAAUGAUGAGUGGGACCAAACCCAGUCUCUGCAAUGGCCUCGAGAGCUUUGCUGCAGCUCCCCCACCUCCCAGCUCCACUUGCAAGUCAGAUCUGGCUGAGCUGGACCAUGUAGUAGAGAUUCUGGUGGAGACCUGAGAGAAGGCCCCUGGUGGGCCUAUUCUGUGCUGUGAUCCAGAGACAGACAAGCACUUGUCCCAAAGGGGGCCCUGCCUUUCUGACUAUGAAAAUACCCUGGGACAGAUUUUCUCUGCGAGGCUGCAUGCAGUCCUGAAGACAGAGCAAGCCAUUGCCAGAAACUGAGCUCUUUGAAGACUUUUGGGCCCUGGGAUCACUGUGGAGGAUGGUGUGCCACAGUUGUGUCUAAUGUGUUUUAAAUUAGGUAAACAAACUUUCUAAAAUUUAAGUUUUAUAUGUUUUGGGCAAUAUUUUGUCUUAAGAUAUAUUUUUUAAACUUUUUAUACUUUAGAUUUUUUCAGCUAUUUUCUUAAAAGUAUAUUUUUUCUACAAACAUCCUCUGCUGCUACAUUAGAAACAUAACCUAAAUAAUUACAAUUGGUGUGUGUCAUUUUUAAGGUUUAAAUAGAAAAUAUUUUUUGGUAAUGAGUCUCUACACUCCCAAGGCAACAGUGUAAAUGUAGCCGGCCAGGUGUUUACAUGAGAGGCCGGCCCAAUCAUGGUCUGCAUUCUAGCAGAGUGUCUGAAAUGAGAACCGUGCACAGCUCCACUGCUGCCUCACUGGGUCUGCUCUGCAGGUGGUGUCUUCCUGUCAACGGCAGGGUGCUUUUAUUUAUGCCUAUUUAUAUGUAAAUGCCACUGAAGGCUAAGGUAAGAUGUCUAGAAAUUACAUGUCAAUUCUGUCUCAGGCAGUGCCUUAUGCAGGUUUUGUCCUUGGCCAUUACUGCCUGGCUUCCAGGCACUAAUGUGUGACAGAAGGGCAUGACCUCCUCACACCUCAUGUUCCUUGUCAAGUGUGUACAUGGAGGCUGCUGGGUACCAGGCAUGCGUGUGCUUGGGAAGGGUGUGUCCUCACCCAUGUCCUCAGUAGGGAACACCCAUGCAUGCUUGCUUGCUUUUAAAAUGGUGCUCAAACAUUUUAAGGUUCAAAACAAUCUGACUCCAUCUAAUUUUAGGGCCCCUUAAUCCUGGGGUGGCCCCUAAGCUGUCUGCUUGGAUCUCAAGGUUCUGCUACCUGAUCACAUGUCAGACUCUUCUUCCAUGCAUGUUUUUUCUGUCUUUUAUGUGCUUUUUUGGUCUUCCCCACCUGAACCUAAGAGGUUUUAUUUUUUUUCCUGUAUUUGUAUGACUAUUCUUUAAUAUCAUCAAUGUAAACCUCACUUUAUUAAAAAUA